UAAGGUGUGUGUGGUUUGUGGGAUGUGCUGAAAUACCCAUGUAAGAUGACUCUGACGCUGAAUGAGCAAGCAGGCCGCUGCUGUACAGAGCAGACGUCUGGGGCGUAGGCUACAGGAAAGAGCCCCACUCUGGUGAACGAGCAUUUUCUUUAUGAACUUUUAAAACAUUAUAAAAUGAUGAGUCGAGUAACGGGGACGUCCACCCAGGACACGCUCAUUGAAAUGAGCGAGACCGCGUCACAAGGUGGUGAGGAAAACAACGGUUACUUUCCCAAUUCAGAGAGCGUGUCACUUCAGCCAACCAACACUAAGUCCUUAGAAAGUCUUUGUUCAGAGUGCUGUGGCUCUGUGUCUAAAAGCUCCAGUCACUCCUCAGUGUUUUUGUGUGAUAAGUGUGAACAAGAACACACUGAACCUGUCCAACAUCAUUCAAGCCUUGCAGGGAUCUGGAGGAAGAGAAGUCUGUUUCUGAAGUAUCGCUCCAGGGUGGAUAAACAUAAUCAGAGUAAAGACUCUAUAUACUUCCGAGAUGGCGUCCGGCAGAUAGAUUUUGUUCUCUCUUAUAUCGAUGAGAAAGACGGAGAAAGAAAACAGGAAAGAAGGAAACAGUAUGAAGCUAACCUGCAGAAGGCGGGGCUAGAGCUGGAGCUUGAAGACAAAUCGGAAUCUGAAGAUGGGAAGACUUAUUUCCUAAAGAUUCAUGUCCCAUGGGAGGUGUUGGCAACCUACGCUGAUGUUUUAAAGAUAAAAGUGCCUUUCAAAGUCAAUGACAUCCCUGAAAGUCGUGAGAUUCCUGUGUCCUGGCUGUUCACACCAUUCCGCCUGCCUGAUUCAGUCAUGAACCCUGAACCAGACUACUUCACCGCCCCCUUUGACAAGAGCAAGAUCGAUUUCUUCCUCAUUGAAAAUAAAAAUACCCUCUUCCCAAACUCCACACGCAACAGGAUAGUAUAUUACAUCCUCUCCCGUUGCCCUUACAAUAAAGAAGACAAACUUAACAAGGACAAGAGAGGCAUCAAGCGGCUGCUUAACAACGGAACGUACACAUCAGCCUUCCCUGUGCAUGAUUGCAGAUACUGGAAAAGGUCUGGAGACCCUAACUGUGAGAAUGAGCGAUAUAACCUGUACCAAUACUGGGCUCGUUUCUGUCGCUUCUACAAGGAGCAGCCACUCAAUCUUAUCCGGAGAUACUACGGGGAGAAGAUUGGGAUCUAUUUUGCUUGGCUGGGCUUCUACACUGAAAUGCUGUUCUAUGCUGCACUGGUUGGACUUAUCUGCUUUAUUUAUGGACUGGCAACCUAUGAUAAAGAAGUCUGGACUAAAGAAAUCUGUGAUGACAAAAUUGGUGGAGAGAUAAUCAUGUGCCCUCUCUGUGAUAAGAAAUGUGGCUAUUGGAAACUUAACAGCACCUGCAACUCCACGUGGCAAUCACAUCUCUUUGACAAUACAGCUACAGUGUUUUUCGCUAUAUUUAUGGGUAUCUGGGUGACUCUGUUCCUGGAGUUUUGGAAGCGGAGACAAGCCAGGCUGGAGUAUGAGUGGGACCUGGUGGACUUUGAGGAGGAGCAGCAACGGCUGCAACUUAGGCCUGAGUAUGAGACCAAAUGCACCGGUCAGCGUGUUAAUCGUGUCACACAGGAGUUGGAGUGGGUUCUAGACCAGACAGUAGGUGAUUUUUUAGGCAAGGUCAUCUUUUGCUGGGCCACUGUGGUCCUAUGGAUCUCACUAAUCAUAGCAAGUAUAAUCGGGGUGAUAGCAUAUCGGCUGGCUGUGUUUGCUGCUCUGGCUAGCAUUAUGAAAGACAGCCCGACCAAUAAGCUGGAAGUGGUGGGCUCACUAAUCACCCCACAGCUGGCCACAUCUGUCACAGCUUCUUGCAUCAACUUCGUGAUUAUCAUGAUACUUAACUUCCUGUAUGAGCGUGUGGCCAUAUGGAUUACAGACAUGGAAGUCCCAAAAACACAUCUCGAAUAUGAAAACAAACUGACCAUCAAGAUGUUCCUCUUCCAGUUUGUUAACUACUAUUCCUCCUGCUUCUACGUGGCCUUCUUUAAAGGAAAGUUUGUGGGCUACCCUGGCAAAUACGCAUACAUGUUCAAUGAGUGGAGCGGGUUGAGGAAUGAGGAGUGUGACCCUGGUGGUUGCUUGAUUGAGCUGACGACUCAGCUUGUGAUAGUGAUGGCUGGUAAACAAGUGUGGGGAAAUAUCCAGGAGGCUUUACUUCCCUGGUUGCAGAACUGGUGGAGCAGCAGGAGUGCUCGCAGCCAUCCGGAGAGUCUGUACAGCCGUUGGGAGCAGGAUUAUGAUCUGCAGAACUUCAGUCAGUUUGGGCUAUUCUAUGAGUACCUGGAAAUGGUGAUCCAGUUUGGUUUUAUUACAUUGUUUGUGGCCUCCUUUCCAUUGGCUCCUCUCUUGGCUCUGAUCAAUAAUAUUCUUGAGGUGCGUGUGGAUUCAUGGAAGUUAACCACACAGUUCCGCAGACCUGUAGCAGCUAAAGCUCACAGCAUCGGUGCCUGGGAAGAGAUCCUGAAUAUGAUUGCCGUCUUCUCCGUAGUAACUAAUGCAUUCAUUGUGGCCUUUACUUCUGAUAUGAUUCCUCGGCUGGUGUAUCUAUACGCAUAUCAAACAGGCACUGAACAGAGUAUGCAUGGCUACAUCAGCAAUAGUCUAUCCGUCUUCAACAUCUCGCAGAUCCCACCUAAAAACAGACCUGACGAUAAUGAGAAUCCUGCCUGGUUCAACAGCUCUGUGAUUUUCACUUGCAGGUACCGAGAUUACCGUUACCCCCCAGGGCAUGAGUACGAGUACUCCCACACCAUGCAGUUCUGGCAUAUCCUGGCAGCCAAAAUGGCUUUUAUUAUUAUAAUGGAGCAUGUUGUGUAUGUGGUGAAGUUCUUUGUGGCAUGGCUGAUUCCGGAUGUGCCGUCUGAUGUAAAGGCUCGUAUAAAGCGGGAACGUUACCUAGUCCAGGAGUACCUGCACAACUAUGAGGUGGAGAAGCUUAAAGUGCAGCUGGCUCAGAAUGGAAAUGGAGGCCAGUGCAUCUGCCCUGAAAUAACUGCAACUGCGAAACAUGAGGUGCUGUCUGAAUGCCUAACCUAGCCUGAGGCACAUCCCAGUUUCCCUCACAGCAAACUCAUUAAAAAGUUAUUAGCCACUUACCUCACUCUUGGCAACAAACUCUUCCAGCUCUUAAUUAGGAUCAGCUCCAUUCUGCUUAUAUUCAUUUGGACAUCAAGAUCCUGUACCAGGUUCUAAAUUAGCUCUCUUACUCUAAGAAGGUUGAUACACAAAAUGUGGCAAUUUUAUUCUGUGAACCAUGGAGCUGGCCAUGUUUUUCUUACAUUGCAUGCUGUUGCCUCUUUCCUCACUCGGUUUAAAUUAAUUUUUAAUUUCAUUUAGAAAUGACAUUUUUAAUUUCGUAUGAGAUUUGUUUCUGUUUAAAUUCAGAUACAGGACUAAAAAUUUUAUGCAUCCAAAUACAAAAUGCCUUAUUAACACUCCUGUCCUAGUGUGCAUUACUCUUCCUUCUUUCUUCUGCCUUCUGAUAAGAUGUGUCUAAGGAACUCAACGGUCUAUGAAGAUAGAAAUUUAAAAUGGAAAAAAAAAUCUAUUGUAUAAAAUUGUUUUUAUUUAUUCCAAAUUUUAGUCUUGACUUACUCUCACCAUCUGUAUGUUUUAUAUUUUGCUAUUUUACAAAAAGCUCGUUUCAAAUUAGAUGUCAAAGCACUAAUCACCUAGUAUUUUCACCAUUCAACCACCAUGCAGUUAUCACACUUCUAUGCAAAUCAAAUUAGAUGCAACUUCUCAAGACUGUUAGAAAAACUUUAAGUGCUUAUAUGCCAAUAUGCACCAUAUGUUCUGUUAUGUUUCUGCAGUCAGCUGAUGUCACCAAAGCAGUCAAAGAUAGCUGAAGGCAAUCAGUGUGUCUUAUAAGCCAAAUUCUGUCAGUCAGUGCCUGCUAUUUAAAACUGAAGUGUUAGGAUAAUGAAGAGUAAGCGACUUUUAAUGCAUGACUGAAAGAGCAGACUUGGCCAUGCUAAUGGCUUUUAAUGUGCCUUUAUUUAUCUAUAUGUUUAUUCCUGUGAAAAAAUGUCCAGCUGUAGCUGUGGGGACACUGUCAUUUUGUUUGUUCCAUUUUUUGUUCAUUUUAUCGGUGAGGAAAUGUUUUGAGUUUUUGCACAGAGCACUUAUGUACUGAAGGAAUCCGUACGAGAUUAUCGUAUUUACACUACAGUAUCAAUGUUGUUCUAAUUAAAAUGGUGUCUGAUAGAUUAGAUCAUGUGAAUCAAUGUAAAUGCUUUGACAACUUCACCUUGCAUUGUAGCACAAUAAAUACAUUUUUGCUAAGAGUAAAGAUUUUCUUUUUAUUAACAAAAGCAGAUGAUGAUUGCCAGUACACUUCCUUUUGCAAUAUACAUAUACAGAGACAAAUAAUCAUGUAUCCUGUUCUAGUUUUACUAUUUUGAAUUCAUGACAUGAUUUCUGAAGAUGUAACUAUUUUGUUUAUUUGUUAUUGAAUUAUGACUGUCAGGACCUUUUAAUGCAGGAAGCACCUAAACUAUGGCACCAAAGCUAUGCUUUUCUAUCACUAUGCAGGCUUUAACUUUAAAUUGUCUAAUUUCAAUAAAUAUUCUGUAUCACAAAAAAGUCACAUUCUAAUCCAUUUUGUUAUUUGAUCAUAGCUUAUCUUUUUUGACUGACAGCUUGAGAUUAUUUUAGGGCAUCACAUGUAUCAUGUACUGCAUAGAUUAUAUAAUGCUGGUUCUGAAGCAGUUAUCAAAAUGUUAUUGGUUCUGCAUAAAUGAAUGAAUAUUGUUUUAAAUAAAACACAAAUUACAUUUUUAAUACUU